CUCGGCCAUCUAACCUUUUCCUCCAAAUCUGCUUUUCUUGCUGCUCAAGGAGCUCAACCCAACGUCCCCUUUGAGAUUCUGAACUUAUGGAAUACAUGCAAUACAGUCAUUAUCAGAUGGUUGUCUGCUCAAACUCCCUUACCUGUUCAAGGGAUUAGUGUUGCUACUGUGGUGCCGGCGAUCAAAGGCCAAGGAGGUGGCUUUGGCACUGGAGAAAAGAAAUGGCAGAUUGAGAAUGUGGUUGCGGAGUUUAACUCGGGUGCUUGGUUGGGGAAUUUGGGAUAUCCGGAGUGUGGAUCGACUUCUGGUGCUAAGGGGUCUUAG